UACACCGAAACAGGAAAUGAAGACGCCUGGGCAAAGAGCAGCAUUGUAUAUGCACGCUGUAUUCUGAGAGGAGCUGCUCGUGUAAAGUGCAGCUACAAGAUUUGCUAUAUUGUGUGUUUUCACUAGGACAUAUAACUAAGGAGUCCCUAAACAACUUGAUGCAGCAGCGUUUGUGAGAAUCAACCCGCGCCGUCUCAAUUUCAUUAGACAAAACCCUCAAUCUGCAAAGAUGAACGCGACAGUCGGCAACUGCAGUAUGCCCUCGGCCGAGUACCAGUACUACUUGUUCCCAGCGGUCUACAUCUUAGCUUUAGUUGUAGGUCUACCAGGAAAUCUGGCUGCCUUCUUCGUCUUCACCUUCAGGUGCAAUCCCCGCACGAGCUUCAGUGUGUACAUCAGCAAUCUGGCUCUGGCAGACAUUGUCAUCCUCUGCACUCUGCCCUUUAAGAUCCACUACCACCUCCACAGGAACAACUGGGUGUUUGGGGAUGCCGCCUGCCGCGUCACCGGAAUGCUGUUCUUCGCCAACAUCUACAUGAGCAUCUGUUUCAUGACUUGUAUCUGUGUGGAUCGCUACAUGGCCACUGUUCACCCUCACGCCUAUCUGAGGAUGCGAAGCCCCUGCUGCUCUCUGGUUGUGGUUGCGGUGCUCUGGUGUAUAGUUUUAGUGGCUAUGCUGAUCUUUGUCCUCAUGGGCCCUCUGGAAACACUCGUAGACAAAUCGGGAAGCCACAGCUGCUUUGAGAACUUCGCCCAGAAAGAGUGGAGCUCGCGCUUGGUGGUGUACAGCGGGCUGUGCCUGACCGUUGGCUCCCUGCUGCCCUCUGUGAUCAUCCUGGUGUGUUACCCGCUGGCCGCACGCCGCAUUUCAAUGAUAAGGACUAAAACAGCCCAAAAAGCCGUGAGGGUCAUUUACACCAUCCUGGCUAUAACGCUGCUGUGCUUCCUGCCCAACCAUGUGGUGUACCUGCUGCACCUCCUGGGACGAAUGAAGGUCAUCCAGAGCUGCUCCUCUGUCAAGACCAUCUACAAUGCCAGGCGCAUCACCAUGGCGCUCGUCAUCCUCAACACAUGCCUGGACCCUGUGCUUUACUACGUCACCACCAGCCACUGCAAAUGGAAGCGGAUAAAGUUGACAUGGCUGUGCAGAAGAGUUGCAAGGAGGAGGGGUGUUUAUACCAUUGCAGUGAGCUGAAGGGUAACAGCACAUGCAUACUGUAAUUAGAUCUGUUCACACGCUUUAUUGUUAAUGAUAACACCACUAUUGCAAAAAUUAGACUUUUCUACAAAAGGUUUAUUCAAAUUGGCUUUGUACAUCCAAAUAAAGGGACCGAAUUUGAGGAUCUUAGUUUCAGUUUAGUCUAUAAAUGAGUCCAUGAAAGAGUCUGCAACAUCAGGAAAAGAGAACAGGCCUUAAUGUUGUGGUAAAGUAAACAGGUGAGAUGGUGUUAAGCCUCAAAGGAGUAAAUUCUUUUUAGUGGGAAUUUUCCUUCAAAUGUUCGUUGUUUUGAAACCAAAGAUAUUUUAGCAGAGUCCAGAUGGGAGCCCCUUUUUCAGCAGAGUUGAAAGGAAGCUGCCCAGGUCCUCGUCCUGAGAAAGAAAACCACAACAUAAAGUCAAAGACAAAGCAUUGUAGAAUAAGACAAAGCAUCAUAUAUACACUUUAACACCUGCUAACAACAUCACACUGGUACCGCGAAAUUUGGUGUCAGUACAUAAAGGAAUCGCAGAGGACUGACUUAAAGCGUUAUUCAGUACUACUUGUAAAUGUAUAAUAUGUGUAUGCAUAUUACAGUUGUUACUUGCGACCCCUCCUUUUUUGCAUAUGUCAAAGUAUGUGCUUUACUUAUAGAUUUAUUUUCUUAAAAAGGUGCAGUAUGAGUUCCUGCAUGGUUUCAGUGCAAUUUCAUUUUUGUCUCAAAUUGCGUUUGAAACGUCGACAGUGACCGUGCAGGACUCAUAGUGGAACUUUAAAUAUUAAUGAAGAGAAAGAAAUGAACAUAAUUUUGUGUUUUUGCGGACAAACAGUCCAAACGACCAAAGGUAUUGAGAUUACAAUUACAUAACAGACAGAAAAGCAGAUUACAUUUAACCAAUAAACGUU